CACGCCUACUGUUUAUUUGUUUCCUUCUUCUAUUACGAACCAUGAAGUCUAAGCGCGUACCCAUCGAUGAAUUUGAUCAAACCUUGAAGGAGACAGUUGCUGAAAAUGAUGAAGUUUUUGUCUUAUUCUUUGGCACUGAAGAUCCCGACAAGAAUGAUGAGUCAUGGUGUCCAGAUUGUGUUAUUGCUGAUCCCCUCGUUCGUAAAUGGGUUGGCAAGGUUCCUAACUCUGUGCUCCUUGAGGCUCCCGUUGGAACUCGCUCCGAAUGGAAGCUUAAUUCAACCCAUAUUUACAGAAUAAACCCAAACAUUUCUCUGAGAGCUAUACCUACACUCAUUCGUUGGACGAAGAAUGGUCCUGAUGGUAGACUUGUCGAAGAAGAAUGUGCCGAUCAGGCAAAGUUAGAGGCGUUUAUCAGUACAAAAGCUUAAAGGUUUACAGUUUAUUGUUAUCGUACCUUUUUGCAUACGAACUUGCAUG